GCAGUGACGCUACUAAAGCGGGCGGCGGCGCGGGCGGCGCGCGAUUCCCGUGCUUUGGGAGCAGUGCCCCAGCCCCCGCCGCCGCCAUGUCGGGCCGGUCGGUCCGGGCCGAGACCCGCAGCCGGGCCAAGGACGACAUCAAGAAGGUGAUGGCGGCCAUCGAGAAAGUGCGGAAAUGGGAGAAAAAAUGGGUGACUGUAGGUGACACUUCCCUUAGGAUAUUUAAGUGGGUUCCUGUGACGGACAGCAAGGAGAAAGAAAAGUCAAAAUCGAACAGUUCAGCAGCCCGGGAAUCUAAUGGCUUUCCCUCUGAUGCCUCAGCCAAUUCCUCUCUCCUUCUUGAAUUCCAGGAUGAAAACAGCAACCAGAGUUCUGUGUCUGAUGUCUAUCAGCUCAAGGUGGACAGCAGCACCAACUCAAGCCCCAGCCCCCAGCAGAGUGAGUCCCUGAGCCCAGCACACACAUCUGACUUCCGGACAGAUGACUCCCAGCCCCCCACUUUGGGACAGGAGAUCCUUGAGGAGCCUUCCCUGCCUGCCUCAGAAGUUGCUGAUGAACCUCCCACCCUCACGAAGGAAGAACCAGUUCCACUGGAGGCACAGGUUGUCGAGGAAGAGGAAGACUCAGGUGCGCCACCCCUGAAGCGCUUCUGUGUGGACCAACCUACAGUACCGCAGACAGCAUCAGAAAGCUAGCACUGUCUGCGCCCUCGCCUGCUGGCUCCCGCCUCUAUUUAUUGUGUUCUGGUUCUGGCCGUGCUGUGUUGCUGGGUAUAAUGAAGGAAGAAGAAACCAUAAAGAAUUACCAGGCAGAUUUGAAAAAGAACCAAAUAGAAUUUCUAUAAGUGAAAAACAGAAGUAUUGAAACCAAGUGUCACAGAAGAUAAGCAGAAGAGAAAAAUCACAAGGGGACUUAGUAGUGUGGGAACACAGAGAAGGUCUGGAACCCCUCCGUCAGGAAGCUAGCAGGCUGACCUCUGCAUGCGACUGGACAGAGUAUAGUGUAGGAAGUGCUGUUGUAGAGGCCCACAAAGACAAGUAUGAUGACGGAAACGGUGCAUAGCAACCAUUCUCUGUCUUCACUGACUUCUUCUUUACCACCACUUGAUAUUCUCCUAGGAAGUCUGGGUAGCAGCCUCCACCAUGAACCUGGAGUCUUGAUGGGGAGGAGUUAGAAGGAUGAGAAGAGACGGAAGAGGAAAAGUCGAGGACUGACCACAGGCUGUAAAUAACUUGGGAAUUGCUUCUGGGUGUGAGCACAUUUGAAUUAUUAAGGAAAAUGCUUCUGAGCCCACCUAACUAGAUACACUGAAUAUGGGUUAGCACUAAAGAAGAUCAACAGAGCCUGAUGAAUCUUGCACAAGAGAACUCGAGUAUGGAAAAG